AUGGCCGCCAUGUUCAGCCAGAACCCGGUCAUGAACGGCCCCAACUACUCCUUCUCUGAUGCCCCUCAGAACCACAAUGGCGAGCCCAGGGAGCAUCGCUUCAACCCCUACACCGACAACGGCGGCUCGACGCUGGGCAUCGCCGGCGCCGACUUCACCAUCGUGGCUGGCGACACCCGUCACACGAGCGGCUACAGCAUCAACACCCGCAUGGCGCCCAAGGUCUUCAGGAUCGGCGGCACGACGGCCUCCCAGGAAGACGCGACGAUAGUCCUGUCCGUGUGCGGCUUCGCUGCCGAUGGCUCCGCUCUGCGAGACCAGCUCGACACCAUCUGCAAGAUCUACCGCUACCGCCACGGCAAGCCCAUGACCCUCAACGCCUGCGCCAAGCGCCUCUCUACCAUCCUCUACCAGAAGCGCUUCUUCCCCUACUAUGUCACCGCCAUGCUCGGCGGCCUCGACGAGGAGGGCAAGGGCGCCGUCUACUCUUACGACCCCGUCGGCAGCUACGAGCGGGAGCAGUGCCGUGCCGGCGGCGCCGCCGGCAGCCUCAUCAUGCCCUUCCUGGACAACCAGGUCAACUUCAAGAACCAAUACGUGCCGGGCAGCGGCACCGGCCACGACCUCAAGGAGCGUGAGCGCCACCCGCUGUCACGGACGCAGGUCGAGACCAUCAUCAAGGACGCCUUUGACGGCGCCGUGGAGCGGCACAUUGAAGUUGGUGAUGCCCUGCAGAUGCUCAUCAUCACCAAGGAUGGCAUCGAGGAGACGAUACUGCCGAUGAAGAAGGACUAG